CCGGCCACGCUCGCGCAUGCUUCGCUGUGAAGUUAAAUCCCUCUCGAAGCUGGGUUGUCCUUUCUUCAAAUCCGUAGAGUGAAAGCGUCGAAUACCCCCACGCAUUUUUUUUAUUCUCAAACAUACUUGACCGCAACGCCAUUUUUUUCUUUAAAGACUCGCACCAGGCAGCAGUCGACAAAGAGCCCGCGGCGACUUCUCUCGUGCCUGACGACGGAGUCACGCUGUAGAAGCACUUUGGAUCCACAGAGAAGGAGACCUGCUGAAUGAAACUUUCUAUCAUUUCUCUCAGAUCAGUUGAGAAGCACAUAUGGGUGCCGUUUUUAUUUAGGACCAGCCAGCUGACUGAUGCUUAAACCGCUGGACGGAACGUAUGGAAGAUGUUCGGUUCUUUUAAUGUCCAGAUCGGGAGGUUAUUAGCCAUGUCAGGGGUCGCUCGUUUUGGAAAAUGAUUGCUGGCAGCACAGACGGUAAAAUAAUGGUCAGAAGAUGCCUAAUAACGUUCAGACCGUUCAGGAUAUUUGUGGUGGGAGUUGGCUUCUUCAGCCUGUGCUUUCUAAUGACCUCUCUGGGGGGACAGUUCUCAACCAAGAGACUGGGGGACUCUCCUUUCACCAUCCGUACAGAAGUGCUAGGAGGUGUGGAGUCACGUGGUGUGCUGAGGAAGAUCACUGACAUGUUGGAGGUGAUUCUAAAGAGGAUGGACACCCUGUCCAAGCUGGACAACACCUCCAGCCCUGACACAAGGCGCCUGGAUGAGCUCAGCUCCGCUAUCAACAGGUUUCAACCAGCCGGGCUGGUGGAGAGGAUCCAAGCUAUAGCCCAAAAUGUCUCCAACAUGGCUAUCAGGGUGGAGCAGAUUCUCCAAAACAGUAUGGUGCAAAGCAGAGCCGUGAGGGAUGGGACUUCAAGUCAAUGUGAAGUACCGAGAGACAGCCGCUUCCCAGAGUGCCCUGGAAAAGUAGAUUGGAUGCGUGCGCGGUGGACAUCAGACCCUUGCUAUGCCUUUUACGGUGUUGAUGGUUCGGACUGCUCCUUCCUGGUCUACCUGAGUGAAGUGGAGUGGUUCUGUCCCCCGCUGACCUGGAGGAAUAACACCAGCCCCCCUACGCAGCAUACACAGCAGGCAAAGUCCCCUAAGAGACAAGCUGCCUUCCGCACAGACCUCUCUGUACUGCUGGACCAGAUCGGGAGUGGAAAAGAAUCCCUCAGCUUCAUGAAACGUCGAAUCCGCCGCCUAUCACAGCAGUGGGCAACAGCAGCCAACCGCCUAGAUGUUAAACUAGGGCAACGAUGGCGGGACCAGAAGAAGAUCCUGGUUCACGUGGGCUUCCUAACAGAGGAGUCGGGAGACGUUUUCAGCCCGAAGGUGCUUAAGGGGGGACCUUUGGGAGAGAUGGUCCAGUGGGCUGACAUCCUGACAGCCCUCCAUGUUCUGGGACACAACCUCAAGAUCUCCAUGUCUGUUAAAGAACUUCAGGGGUUCCUUGGCGUGCCCCCCGGCAGAGGUAGUUGCCCACUCACUGGCCCGUUGCCCUUUGACCUCAUCUACACCGACUACCAUGGCCUGCAGCAGAUGAAGCAACACAUGGGACUCUCACUGAGGAGGCACAAGUGUCACAUCAGAGUGAUCGACACAUUUGGGACUGAACCAGCCUACAAUCAUGAGGAGUAUGCAACCCUGCACGGCUACCGGACCAACUGGGGCUACUGGAACCUCAACCCCAGGCAGUACAUGACCAUGUUCCCCCACACACCAGACAACUCAUUCAUAGGCUUUGUUUCGGAGGAACUAAACGAGACGGAGAAGAGGAGCAUUCAGCAGAACAAAGUCAACAACAUGGCUGUGGUGUACGGGAAGGAAGCCAGCAUGUGGAAGCUUCAGCAGGGCAAGGAGAGUUUCCUAGAGAUUCUGCACAGGUACAUGGAGGUCCACGGCACGGUGUACUAUGAGACCCAGAGACCUCCGGAGGUCCCAGCCUUUGUUAAGAACCACGGCCUGCUGCAGCAUGAGCUGCAGCAACUGCUCCGCAAAGCCAAGCUCUUCAUUGGCUUUGGUUUCCCCUAUGAAGGUCCAGCCCCACUUGAAGCAAUAGCCAAUGGAUGCAUUUUCCUGCAGCCCAAGUUCCAGCCGCCACACAGCUCACCUGAACAUGAGUUUUUUAGAGGGAAGCCCACAUCUAGACAGGUAAGUAUCUCCCAGCAUCCAUAUGCAGAGCAGUACAUCGGCAGACCACACGUCAUGACAGUGGAUUACAACAACUCUCUUGAGUUUGACUCUGCUAUCAAAGAAAUCAUGAGGACCAAGGUUGAGCCUUACCUGCCUUAUGAGUAUACUUGCGAGGGGAUGCUGGAGAGAGUACAUGCCUACAUACAGAACCAGGACUUUUGUGCACCAGAGCCUCCCUUCACUCCAGCCAACCUCUCCAGGCAUGUAUCUGCUGGUGGCAGCAGGAUGAUAGGACCUCUGUUUGUGCCCCUGCCCAACUCCACAGCCAUGGUCUGGGCAUCCAACAUGACGGCUCCCAGCGCCUGGCCUCCUCUCAGCUCCCUUCGGCUACUUGUGUCUCAAGAGGGCCAGUCUUGUGUUGAGGCCUGCCAGUCAGCCGGUUUCAUCUGCGAACCUGCUCAUUUCCGCUUCAUCAACAACAAAGAGGCUCUGCGAGGGUUAGAGGUGCAGUGCGAGAUGAUCGAUUCUGAGGUCAACCACAUCCUCCCAGCCUUCUCGGUGUUGCGUCGGGAGUGCGGCCUUCAGCGGGACCCUUUACUCUUCAGCUGUGCAGGACACUCCUCGAAAUACAGACGUCUUUGCCCCUGCAGGGACUUCCGUCUCGGGCAGGUGGCACUGUGCAGGGGCUGCCUAUGAUUACAGGACACCUGAGGGACGGACAUGAAAGUUAAAGGGACGAUUUGGGAGGCAGUUUGAAAAGCUGUAACUGCAGCAGACCAGAGAUGGAGCCAACAGGCUUUUACAUGAAGCCCUAAUAUAUAUUAUACACAACUUUUCAUUUUUGGACUGCAUCUUUAUAACAGGGGGACUGUGGUGUCUUCAAAUAUCUUGGCAGCCUCAGGUGAGUAUCCAAACUCCUCUCAGCACUUGGAGAAGGGAUGAUGGACACAUGGAUCAUCUUUCUUUUUAGUUUGUCCCCUCUUGCAGUGAUGGACCUUUAUUAGACGGAGUCUGAGGCAACAGCGGUCAAAACAAUCCUCUCUAGUCAGAGAGAGGAGGAGAGAGGCCAAGCAUACAGGCCACGGCACAAAUAUUUUUCAGUAAAUAAGCCUUUAGAGCUCAGAUGGAUUUUUAAAGAAUUUGCAAGGCUUUGUGAUGGAAAAAUCAUAAAUAAAUUUAAAAAUCUGAAUGGA